AUGUGGAUUUAAAUUUUCCUACUCAAUACCUUCAUAGGUGUCUUGCUAAUUGAGUGGGCCUGGAAGAAAACCAAACCUCUCAGAUAAAGAAAGCCUGAGCUUGAAGCAUAGUAUCCAGCUUUUGCUAGAUUCGAUAAGUGGAACAAAUCCAUUUAUUAUCUUGGUGCUCCAAUGAUAAUUCCAAAAGUUAUUUUAGCAGUCAUCACAUUCUUAAUAAUUUGGACAUCAAUGUCAUUGAUAACCUUAGGUUAGAAAUACGAUGACUUCAAUGCUGUUCACGGCUGGAGAGCAACUUUGGCGAAGCUUGUCGGAAAAUUUGCUGGCAGAGCAUUAUUGAUUUUAGUUGGACUCUAAAUUACAUAUGAAGAGAUUGAUUUCGACUACACUCCAUAUCUUGGAAAAGAUUACAAGAAAAAUCAAAAGUUGCCACCUCACACUCCAUCAGCUAUCGUCGGCACAGGCCAUUCAAGCGUCGUUGACAACAUGACAAUGCUUAGAAGAUAUGGAUGUACAUUUGUGGCUAAGGAAUCGCUGAGGAAAUACCCGAUUCUUGGAACUUGUUUAACAGGGCAAGGUAUGAUUUUUGUUAACAGAGGUGGCACUGAGGAGGAGAGACAGAGAAAUAUUGACGUCAUUGUGAGGAGACAAUAAUUGUGUGAAGAAAGAGGUGAUUAUGUAUUAUAAUGCAUCUUUGCAGAGGGUACCACUCAUAACAAUAAGUUUACGCUUCCAUUGAAGAGAGGUGCUUUUAUUGCUGAGAGAAGCUUACUUCCUGUGUGCGUAGAUUUCAAAUCAGACUAAAUCUAUCCAUUCCAUGACACUAAAUACUUGACCUAACUUCUUAUCCUAAAAGUUGCAUUGUUCUUCUAAAUCAAAUGUAUUGUGAAAGAACUCCCAGUAUUUUUGCCAAACGAGUAUCUUUUCGAAACUCACAAGGAUAAGGGCAAAGAGAGAUGGGAAAUAUAUGCCUGGGCUAUAAGAGACGCACUCUCUAUCGCAAACAAAAAGCCAAAACUUGAUAUCAGUCUCUCUACCAAAUUAGAAUUUGAAACACAACUUGGUUACAGAAAACCAAUAAAGCAGGAAUGA